AUGGAGGAUCGUCCCGCGGGUGGUGGGCCGCCGUGCGAGGGGUCGGCGGAGGAGGAGGCCGAGCUCCAGGGAGCUGCCUGGAGCGGGGACAGCGGCAACGUGUCCCAGAGCCACAGCAGCGCGUCGGGGCCGUGGGAGGACGAGGGCUUAGAGCUGGGCGUGCCGGGCCGCGAUGUGCCGCUGCUGCGUCGCGCCGCCGCGGGCUGCGCCGCCUGCCUGUUGCCGGGAGCCGGGGCGCGGCCCGAGGUCGAGGCCCUGGACGCCAGCCUGGAGGACCUGCUCACCAGAGUGGACGAGUUCGUGGGCAUGCUGGACAUACUGCGCGGAGACUCCUCCCACGUCGUCAGCGAGGGUGUGCCUCGCAUUUACGUGAAGGCCACCGAGAUGCGGCAGGUCUACAGCAAGAUCGACUGGCUCGAGGCCUUCGUGGGAUUGAUUGGCGCCAGCGUGGCCAGGAUGGAGGAGCAGGUGGCCAGGGCGGAGGCCGAGCUGGGCGCUUUCCCCAGCGCCUUCAGGAAACUGCUGCACACGAUCAGCGUGCCCUCCUUCUUCAACAAGGCGCCCUCCAGCAGGCCGCAGCAGAGUGGCUACGAGCCGCCCGUCCUGUUCCGGACCGAAGACCACUUUCCCUGUUGCAUUGAGAGACCCCAGAUCUGA